AUGGCUGACUUCACGCAACUCGUGGCGGAAUGCAAUGUGCCACCAGCUGUUGCUUCCUUGCUUUCAGCCUUCGACAUUGCUUUGUUUGCUCGGUCCUGUACCACUUCAGCAGAGCUUGAAGAGUUGGUGAACCACUUUUUGGCCGAAGCCUCAGUCACGGAGGCCGCUGAGCGCUUCAUCACAAAAGCCUCGCUGCGCCUACUUGUCUGCAAGUGCCGAACGUCAGAGGGGAUGGUAUCUCUUGAAGCGGCACCCAGCUCAAGUGCCCUACUUGGUGAGGGAUCAACAGCCGCCACCCCGGCCCCUCCGGCCACGCCACCGUUUUCUAGCUCCUGGCAGGAGGCUUGGCCCGCAAAAUUGAGCGGGGAGCGAACGGCGGCGCUUAGGAAGAGGUUCGAAGAGGAUUACCCCACUGAACUUCUUGAUGCCGAAAGCUUUCCAAGCGCCCGCUUAUUGGCUCUUACCAAUAAGAUGCUUUCUGACAAGGAGGUUCGCUGGAUUCCUUGGAAGUACCGCUUAAGCGCCCGGGCGCAACAAGAUAGCCUCCUUGUCAGGCCUAGGAAGCAGGCCCGCUUUGACCUCACAGAUCUCUUUCUCGACGAGGCUCCUACCCGCGACAUACAUGAAGGCCCCGCUUCCUUCGGCCUCGUCACCCAGCUUCUGUCACUAGCGGCCAAUGCCAUCGCGCUAUGCCAGGGCGUACGCUCUGAUUUGCACAGCUUACUCGCUCCGAGGCCGUUCGCCCCCAAGCCCAAGUUCGACCCGGACAACAGCUGGAAAGCCCGCGGGCGAGGUGGCAAGGGGGGCGGCCGUGGCGGUAAAGGUCGCGAUGGCAAAGGCGAGAAAGGUGAACGCUUCGAGAGGGGCGGCAAAGGCGGCAAAGGGAAAGACAACAAGCAGGCCACACCUCCCGGCAAGUGGCUCUCUACGCUUUUCAUGGAUGGUAAGCGUCAGACGCUUUGCAUGAGGUACCAGAGCGGGCAGUGCAAGGACCCUGCCACCUGCCGCUAUUUGCACAGAUGCGCAGUGCCAAAGAGUGACGGCACAGCGUGCGGGGGCAACCACCCGGCUUCUCAGCAUGUUGCCACCCCGCACUAG